GCCCAGGCAUGUGUCCUCAAGCGAAAAGGAUGAAUCGGCGAAUCUCUCUUCUUCAUCCAUCCUUCGUGACUUUGCUCCAAUAUCCCCAAACAUGGCCCACCAGAUCUCAACCAGAAUCAGCCUGCGAUGGCUCCCAGAGGCGCCUUCUGAACCAACAGACACUCUCGUCUUCAACGUCGGUGCCUUCUUCCUCGACCUGCGCGUGCUGAAAGCCGAUACCUCAAUUGACUGGGGAAUGGCAGGAGAGCGCCAAAUCCUCUCGAGGGAGCCGCUGCAAUGCCGCUGGAUCAAGAUAAUCGAUUCGCUCGGUUCAUCCGAGCCAGACGAAGGCACAAUUACACCUCUUCCAAACGGCGACGAUCUUGAGACUGGGAGCAUGCCGUGCGCGGAAAGGGGCAUCGCGGUCACCGAGUACGAAGAAGUGUGGAGGAAGCUUUGUCCUCGUCCUGGGCCGGAACACGGCUGGAUAUUGCAAAGUGUGGCGGGGAAGACGCUCCUUGGGAGGAUAGGCGGUGGGUAUUUGGCUUUGAGUAAAGAAGAGGGGCGUAAGUUUGGCGCUAGGAGCGAGGAAUGGGACCCUGAAAAUGGGUGGAAAGUGAAGUAUGCAAUUGGUGAUGUGGAAGGUGUGCCGAGCUUUGCAGGUACUGGGAGUGAGCUCUUGGAUGGCGAGGCUUCCUGGAAGAUCGGAGAGAGAGUGUUGGUCUUUGGUAAAGAAUAUGUGGUGUGUGCUUUUGAGGACGUUAAGUAGUCUUCCGUAGCUGGAGGCGCCUGCUCAUCGACUAUUCUGAUGCAAUGUCGCAGUCCGGAUCUCAGUUCCGAGUAAUAUUCCUAAUUCCACAAUAUUUUUUGAACCUCCCGGUGCGGAUUUCUUGACCCCUAAGGAGAUGAUGCUCAUCUUCAUUAUCCUAGCUCUUGACCGUACAGUACAAGAAAGACACCACACUUAUAUAUGACGGGCUCCUCACCAGAAACGCUGC